GGCAUAUAGUGAUUCUUUAAAUUACUAAUGCAAUUCAAAUCUUAAAUUGCACUUACAGUUUUCCAUUGAAGUACAUGAAUGAUUAAAAGGAAAAAAACAAUCAGAAGUAUACGGAAGAACCUUUCUUUAUAGGUCCAUGGGAAGAACAGCGAAAAAAAUCACUGCGUGGCUACAGUGUAACUCCUUGGAUUCACUGCAGGCGGCGGUAGCGGGGAAAUGUUUUAGGUGGAACAGGCGCAAACGAGACCUAUUUCCGGUUUCCGGUUAUACCGCAGUGCGUUCAAGGGAGACCAGCCACCAUGGAUAUCCGACCAAACCACACGAUUUAUAUCAACAAUAUGAACGACAAAGUCAACAAGGAUGAGCUGAAGCGGUCGCUCUACGCCCUGUUCUCUCAGUUCGGUCAGAUCGUUGACAUCGUUGCAAUGAAGACGUCCAAGAUGCGCGGCCAGGCCUUUGUUGUGUUCAAAGAGCUGGCCGCCUCGACCAACGCCCUGCGACAACUACAGGGCUUCCCCUUCUACAACAAACCCAUGCGCAUCCAGUAUGCCAAGACCGACUCGGAGGUGAUCGCAAAGAUGAGGGGAACGUACGGAGACAAGGACAAGAAGAAGGACAAGAAGAAGAAGGGCCCUGAGGUGCUGACCAGCCUAGCCAAGAAGCCAGGGCCAGUGGCACUCACCCCGCAGACAAACAGCCCAGCUGCCCCGGUACCGGACAAUCCUCCCAACUACAUCCUGUUCCUUAGCAACCUGCCGGAGGAGACCAAUGAAAUGAUGCUGUCCAUGCUCUUCAACCAGUUCCCGGGGUUCAAGGAGGUGCGCUUGGUUCCGGGGAAACACGACAUCGCCUUUGUGGAGUUUGAGGGCGAGGCUCUGGCGGGCGUGGCUAAAGACGCCCUGCAGGGCUUCAGGAUCACCGCCACCUGCGCCAUGAAGAUCACCUACGCCAAGAAGUAGUUUCCUGUACCUCCCGCGGGAGAGAGGAGGGGGAGACUUUGGGAGGGGAGGGGAGGGGGGGGGGGGGUGCGAGAGAAGCUGAAAGGGUUCCUGGAUUUCCGUUCAGAUUUUUGUAAAAGUUGCGGAUCGUCCUGGAGGUUUUUUUAUUUUAUUUGUAUGGAGAGUCUUAUUGUUGGACCAUGAAAGGAGUUUGUUUUCUAAUAAACAGUAUUAAAAGA